AUGUUCUCCAAGAUCGAUCUGCGGUCGGGAUAUCACCAGAUCUUGGUAAAGGUGGAGGAUGUCCAAAAGACUGUUUUUAGAUCCAGAUACGGGCAUUAUGAGUAUGUGAUAAAGGAAGUACAGUUUCUAGGGUGUGCAAUAUCGGCUCAGGGCAUAGUAGUGUAUCCAGCUAAGGUGGAAGCGGUGAUAGAGUGGGAGUGUCCUAAGUUAGUGACGGAAGUCAGAAGCUUCAUGGGUUUGGCUAGAUACUAUAGGAGAUUCAUAAAGGGAUUCUCUAAAAUAGUGGCGCCUCUGACCCAGCUUACCAGGAAGGAUCAACCUUUCGCUUGGACUAACAACUAUGUGGAAAGUUUUCGAGACCUUAAGCGGAGGUUGACUAGUGUCCCAAUUUUGAUCAUCCCCGAUGUUAGUAAAUCCUUUGAGGUUUACUGUGAUGCUUCUCGCCAAGGCUUGGGUUGUGUGUUGAUGCAAGAAAGGAAGGUGGUGGCCUAUGCUUCAAGGCAACUUAAGCUUCAUGAGAAGAACUACCCUAGGAUCUAG